UUAAUUCAACCUAGCGGAUUGGUCACUAAAAACCAGCUCACUCACAUUUCAUUUCAUACUUCAAGCAACUUCAAGUUCAUUUCAUGACGGAACGUGAUAAUGUCCAAUAAGUGGGUACUUGAGAAUAAUGUGGCUGGCAAUGCUUCUAGCUUUAAGGCCACAGACACAGUGAUACAGAUAGCUCAGACCCAUAAACCAAAACCUGACCUGAAUGGCCUGGUGUUUGGGACGGUCUUUACUGACCACAUGCUGACCAUUGAGUGGAGUCUUGAGGAAGGCUGGCAGAAGCCACACAUCCAGACUUUUGGGAACCUGUCCAUACACCCAGGCUGUUCUUCCCUGCAUUACGCUGUACAGCUUUUUGAGGGUAUGAAGGCGUACCGGGGGCCAGAUAACAAAGUGCGUCUCUUCAGACCCAUGAUAAACAUGAAGCGGAUGCUGAAGUCCGCCCACAGGGCCUGUCUGCCUAGUUUUGAUUGUGCGGAGUUAUUGGAGUGCAUCAGGAAGUUGGUGGAGGUGGAUCAGGAUUGGGUUCCUCACUCAGACUCUGCCAGUUUGUACAUCCGUCCCACCUUCCUUGGCACAGAGCCCACCCUUGGUGUCAAGAAGCCCAACAAGGCAUUGCUUUUUGUCAUUCUUAGUCCCGUGGGCUCAUACUUUAGCACCGGUGCUAAACCAGUGUCUCUGUGGGCCGACUCCAAAUACAUCAGAGCUUGGAGAGGAGGGACAGGAGACUGUAAGAUGGGAGGGAACUAUGGGGCAUCUAUCUAUGCCCAGUAUGAGGCAGUGGAUUACGGCUGUCAGCAGGUUCUGUGGCUGUACGGGGAUGACCAUCAGAUCACAGAGGUCGGCACCAUGAACCUUUUCCUCUACUGGAUCAAUGAGAGAGGAGAGGAGGAGCUUGCAACACCACCUUUAGAUGGCAUUAUUUUGCCGGGCGUUACACGACUAAGCAUCCUAGAACUUACACGCAAAUGGGGUGAGUUCAAAGUAUCCGAGCGCUAUUUGACCAUGGCCGACCUGCGGCAGGCUCUGGAGGAAAACCGAGUGAGGGAGAUGUUUGGUUCUGGAACCGCUUGUGUUGUUAGUCCAGUUGGCAGGAUCUUGUAUCAGGGAGAGAAUCUCCAUAUUCCAUGUGAAGGAAGCUUUCCUCCACUUGCCUCCAGACUGCUAAAAGAGCUCACAGAUAUUCAGUAUGGACGGACGCCCAGUGACUGGUCUUGUAUUGUAUAAAGACACCUCAACUAUGUCAACAUGCACAAGCUCUUCAACUUAUUUAAAACAACUUUAUUUGUGGCUCCAAAGAAUAAGUUUCUUGCCAUGUUUAUGUAUGUUUUGUUUUUUACCAAGUUUACCAGCAAACUGAAUCCUAGUCUAGCAAUAACAUGUUGCUCUUUAGCAUACUAAACCCCUCAGAUGACUCCUUUGGGUCAUAUUUUAUUCAACAGAAACCAGCAGAGCAGAAUAGGUGACUAUUUCAUUAAAAUGAUCUUAUGAUAUUGCUGUUAUAUAUAUUUACAUUUACAUUUACAUUUAUUCAUUUAUUAGACGCUUUUAUCCAAAGCGACUUACAGAUGAGGACAGUGGAAGCAAUCAAAAACAACAAAAAGAGCAAUGAUAUAUAAGUGCUAUAACAAGUCUCAGUUAGGAUAACACAGUACACGUAGCAUGGGAUUUUAAAUAAUAUAGUAUAAAGAAAACAGAAUAAAAUAAGAAUAGAGCAAGCUAGUGUUAGAGGUCUUUACACAUACACACACACACACACACAUACAAUUGUAUAAUUAAUAAAAAUAAAAUAGAACAUAAAAAGAUUAGAGAAGUAGUUAGAUUUUUUUUAAAGAGUAGAAUUAGAAUAGUGGGUGUUAAAGUUAUGUGAGAUAUUUGCUCACUGUAUAGUUAGAUUAAACUUUUAGUGGAACUAUAAAUUAACUUUAUUGUUGAUGCCUAUAAUAAUAUGUGAUUACUGUCAUAUUGCACAAGUUUUUUGAACAUAUGAAAGACAUUUACAAAUAUUUAAGGUACAGUAGUAUGUUGUGGGUACAACUUUUUUCUGUGCAUUUAAAUGUUAUAACAUUUAGAAAGAACAUGUUAAUGUUUAACAUCUAAAAAACAAUGUUAAUGUUGUAAUGUUUACUUUCAGCUGAUAAUGGUGGUUACAAAUGUUUUUUUUUUUAAUCUUCCAUUCCAAGCGCACAAUUUCAGAGUUGACAUGGAGAUCCUUUUUGCACCCAAAGAGAACCUUAAAAUAUAUUUGUUUAAAGAAGUUUGUACAAUUGAACUGAUCCGUUAUUUCUUGUAGACAUUUGUUGCUAGGAAUAAGACUAGAACCGUUUUAAAAGCACAAAUAUAUACUAUAGCUAUAGAGAUGUGUAAUACUAUUAUUGUUAAUUGCCAAAGUAUUUUAGUGAUGUUCUGAGUAUUUUGUGAUGUGAUUCAAUAAAUAAAUGCAUUUUUAAAAACAA